CUGGACGGAACAUUAACCUCUAAAAUAUACGUGCAAGUGGAUCAGUUUCGUUAGCCAAGAUUUAUCAUGCCUCCUAAAGCAAGUGGAAAAGCCGUGAAGAAAGCAGGCAAGGCUCAAAAGAAUAUUAAUAAAGCUGAUAAAAAGAAGAAACGAAAGAGGAAGGAAAGCUACGCUAUUUACAUCUACAAAGUACUCAAACAAGUACAUCCAGAUACUGGAAUUUCCAGUAAAGCUAUGAGCAUCAUGAACAGUUUUGUCAACGAUGUUUUUGAACGAAUUGCAGCGGAAGCAUCAAGAUUAGCUCAUUAUAACAAACGUUCGACGAUUACUUCUCGGGAAAUCCAGACUGCAGUGCGUUUGUUAUUACCUGGUGAGCUUGCAAAACAUGCUGUUAGUGAAGGUACUAAAGCCGUGACUAAAUAUACAAGCUCCAAAUAAAAAUGGUAUCAUUGAAUCUUUACCGGUCCUUUUUAGGGCCACCAAUAAUUAUUUACGUUGAACAUC